AUGGCAAACCCAUUUUUGAUGGACGAUGAGCCGCUGGCUGGCAGCGAGCCAGUCUCCAAUCCAUUCCUAUUCGGUGAUGACGCACACGGUGACGACAGUACGGCGGCGGGGGUGGAUGAUAAUCCAUUCUUGGCGCAGGGUGGUAAUCCAUUUGCGGAUUUUGGCGGCGAGGCAGACGAACCGGCUAUGGGUAAUGUAAACCCUGCGUUUGGCACUGCGGGAGUCAACGCUGUGGUGACAACCGGUGCCGAAAUUUUCGGAGUUUCCGACACAAUCAUGUCCCAGGGCGGAGGCGGUUACCAACAAUCACAACAUUCGAACGGCGGUGCUGCCAACUUUUUCGACACUACAAUCAACGAGGAUGACGAUCUGAUUAUACCGAAGCCAACGCAUCUGCAUUUAGGUUCGCACACAAACAACAAUUUGAUGGAUGAUGCCUCGAUAAACGCGUAUUCUAGCGAAGAUGAACUGAAGGCGGUCAAGGGAAACAAUGGUAAAAUGCCACCUCCAAGACCGGCUCCACCACCAUCGCAGGCGACACAGCAGCUGAUCAGCUCGAUUGCUAACCAGCUCGAUCAGACCAGUACGAGCCUGCUGCAAAAAAUCCCGGCUACCAGAACGCCCAGCCCGGUGUCCAUGAGAGACUUGCACUCUCCCAGUCCAACACCUGACUUUGGCGAUCUGUUGUCCGUGGGAGACCAACAGUCGGAGCAGCCGCAGGAUGACCUCUUCGGCACUGGUAUGUCACCUAAUGUUAAUAAUGAUAAUCCAUUCGCUGAGCCCGCGGUUCCAACGGCCAACGUCACCACCGCUGCCAAACCCGAAGUCCAGAAGCCUCCACGUCCAAGACCACCUCCACCGCGACCUGCUCCUCCAAGAAGUUCCUUAGCAUCAUCACCGGUUACGGCGCCGGUUCCCAGUGUUCCACAAAUGCCAGCUGCUCCAGCUCCUCAACAGCAGCAAGAAGCCGAUCUCUUUGAUCUGUUCGGAACAACAACUCCGAAAGUAGCUCCUCCUAAGCCACCGGCUCCAAAAACAAAAGAAGACAUUCUCUCACUGUUUUCUACUCCUGCACCGACUGCAGUUGCAGCUGCUCCAGAACCGAAACAGACUGACCUGCUGAGCGGAGAUUUUGAUGAUAUUUUUGGAGGAGCAGUCGAACCCACUGGAGCAGACUCGUUCGUCCCUAAUCUAGCCGAAAAUCUCGUGCAAUCCCAGAUUGCACCAGUCGCAGCAGCUCCGGAACCACAACCCGACUAUCCGACCGUUACGGAACCAAGUCCGGAGCCUGAACCGGAACCAGAGGAACAGGAAUUCCCGCCUCCAAUUGAUCUUGAACCUUCGCCCGAAAUAGUGUUGGAUGCUGCUCCAGCGGUUGAAGAUUCGGUGAUGCGAUCGGAAGGGUCAUCUGACUUCAGUCCUACCGGAUCGAACGUCACUUCCGGGAACAUUCCAAGUUCCAUUUCAGGCAGUACAGUUAAUAUAGCUGCGGUUGAAAAGACUGACGACGGUUACUCCAUGGAAGCGGAAAUGGUGCACGAACAGGUUCCGGCUCCAACCCCUGCAGAAAUAGCCGCUCCAAUGGAUUACAAUCACGUGGAUGCACUGUCAUCGACGGAAGUAUCAACAAUUGCCUCAAAAUUGUUUUUCACCGAACCAGAAAUGACCGUCGCUCCACUCGCCGAUACGGUCAAUCCGUUUGCUCUGGCAGCAGACGACCACGAUCCGUACGCAAUCAGUUCGGGUCCGCCACCAACGGCUACCGAAGGACUUUUCGGAAUCAGUGCCAACAAUAAUAAUGCAGCGAUUUUGGAUCCGCUGGAUAACUUCACGCGACCUGCACCAGAACCGGAUGCGUUUGAUUCAUUUGCUGCCAAGUUCGAAGGUAAGCAGAACAAACAGGCCGGAAACAUCUUCCUGGAAAGCGAUCUGGGCAGUUCCCAAACGGAGGAUGCGUUCGGCGCAGCGGACGCCUGGGGCACGGGAGAUGUGUCCGGUGGUGGUGGAUUCGAUGGUGGCGAUGGUUUUGGGAAUGACGAUGGAUUUGAUGAUCCAUUCCUGUCGAUGCAGGCGCCUCCGGUGCCGGAGGGAACUCCAUUCGGACGAUCGCACUCGAGAGAUUCGGAUGAAGGUAAUCAUUUCAGCGUAGUUAUACGCCCGAAGGAGGGUCUGGAAGCCGGCCUGGCGCCAGCUCUGGCGCCGCCACCGAGAAGUCCUCAGACGGCUUCCAUUUACUCAGGUGAUUCUUCGCCGCGCGUGAAUCCGUUCGACAAAGGAGAAGACGCCGAUGCUGCUCUCGCAGCUAUUCCGGAUGCCACCCCGCAAUUGCAACGCACUGAUUCGCAGGAGACACCGCCUACACCGUUGUUCGAUGAAGACGUUUCUCAACCGCUGGAGGACUUCCCGCGAAUUGUGUACUCGGGCGAUGGUUGGGAAAUGCAGCUGCGGCAACCGAACAAGAAAAAGAUAACGGGACAGCGGUUCUGGAAGAAAAUUUACAUCCGAUUGGUUUACCAGGGUGAUAACCCGGUGAUGCAGCUGUACAACGCAGCCAACGAUAAGGAACCAUUCCAGGAGCUUCCCCUGCAGGCGUGCUACUCGGUUUCGGAGAUCGGAGCGCAGCAGUACGAUAAUUUCGGUAAGAUUUUCACCAUCAAGCUGCAGUACGUGUUCUACAAGGAGCGCCCGGGAGUACGUCCGGGACAGGUAACGAAAGCGGAACGACUGACGAACAAGCUCAGCCAGUUUGCGGCCUACGCGAUUCAGGGUGACUACCAGGGCGUGAAGGAGCUGGGUAGUGACUUGAAGAAGCUGGGCCUACCGGUUGAACAUGCUCCCCAGAUUUCGCAGCUGUUCAAGUUGGGUUCGAUGAACUAUGAAGAUAUGAAACAGUUCUCGGUCUGCAUUGAGGAGGCAUUGUUUAAGAUGAGUGUCCACCGGGACCGUGCGUUGACGUACAAGACGGAGGAGGUUCAGGUAACCGCAGUUGAUGAGUUGUACGUCGAGCAGGAUGCGGAAGGGCAUGUUGAUAAGCAGAUUGCUAGGGUUCGAUUGUUUUUCCUGGCUUUUCUGUCUGGGAUGCCAGAUAUUGAGCUGGGCGUUAAUGACCUUUGGCGUCAGGGUAAGGAAGUGGUUGGACGGCACGAUAUAAUACCGGUUGUGACGGAGGAAUGGAUUCGUCUGGAGGGUGUGGAGUUUCAUGGUUGCGUGCAGCAGGAUGUGUACGAGCGUUGUCGUACGAUUAAGUUCAAACCACCGGACGCGUGCUAUAUAGAGCUGAUGAGGUUCCGCGUGAGACCACCGAAGAAUCGGGAACUUCCGCUGCAACUCAAAGCAACAUGGUGCGUUACUGGCAAUAAGGUGGAACUGCGAGCGGACGUGUUGGUGCCGGGAUUUGCUUCCCGUAAGCUGGGACAGAUCCCAUGCGAGGAUGUUUCGAUUCGGUUUCCGAUACCGGAAUGCUGGAUCUAUUUGUUCCGGGUCGAAAAGCAUUUUAGGUACGGGUCGGUGAAAUCUGCUCAUCGUCGGACGGGAAAAAUCAAGGGAAUCGAACGAUUCCUGGGAACCGUAGAGACCCUGCAGGAGUCGCUGAUUGAAGUUACUUCGGGGCAAGCUAAAUACGAACAUCACCAUCGGGCAAUCGUGUGGCGAUGUCCUCGGCUACCGAAGGAAGGACAGGGAGCGUACACAACGCAUCAGCUGGUGUGUCGCAUGGCUUUGACCAGUUUCGAUCAGAUUCCUGAGCAGCUGGCGCCUUACGCGUACGUAGAGUUUACGAUGCCCGCGACGCAGGUCUCCCACACGACGGUACGAUCCAUCAGCGUUCAGGAGUCCGAAAGUGAUGAACCUCCGGAGAAGUAUGUUCGCUAUCUGGCGAGACACGAGUACAGGGUCGGCAUCGAACACACGACGGGCGAAUCGGUUAAUGCCUAUCUGGCAGCGACAACUGUUAGCAAGCAGCCGAUUCAGGAGGAACAACCGAUGGCCACUACACCGAUUGCCCCCAGCGACUCCGAUUCAGAUUCGAACUAA